AGAUAACUCCGUUUGUAAAGCGUCUGGAGAGUAGAUUUAUAUUUACAAAAAGUGAACAUUUUUCUGUGUUUUAAACCUGACUCUGCUAAUGCGAACUCUGCUCUACAUUUCGUUAUUUAAUAAAAAUAAAUUGAAAUGAGUUAUAAGAGUUCCAGACAUAAAUACUACAGACAUGAGAAAGAAAGAGAACGUAGCAGUAGCCCGACAUUACACAAACGCUUGAAAAAUGAAAGUGAAAGUAGAAAACAGAACCGAACAAGUGAUCGUACAUCAUCCAGUGACAGAGAAUUUAACUUUUUGCAAUUUAAAUAUUCUUUAAACAAGAUAUUCUUUCGGGACCAAUAUUUUAUGAAAAGAGGUAGCAAGGAAUAUGAUGAUUUCUGGGUAUUUGUUGAAAAAUAUCAGAACUUUCAAAAGAGACAGAGAGAAAAAACUCCUAAACCCUGUGUGUCAGGAUCUAUGGAAACAGAUCUUGGAAUACCAGCACACUAUGAUAAAAGAUACAGGAUAAAUAUAACUUUAAAGAACAGAGAUGUUGAAGAUUUCAUCAAAAAGGGAAGGCUUGCAGAUGCUGAAAUAGACAAGGAGAUUACUGUAGAGAGAGUGAAAGAAUUCAAAAAUAUAUUGAUGCAUUAUCUUGAUUUUCAACAGAAACAGAAGUUAGCCAAGUUGAAGAAGGUGAAAACGGACCAGGAGAAUCUACCGAUAUUCCAGUAUAAGUCAGAUAUAGUACAGUUGGUACGAGAUAACCAAGUUGUUAUUGUGGCAGGAGAUACAGGCUGUGGAAAGUCUACACAGGUACCACAGUACUUACUUCAGGCAGGCUUUGAGAAAAUAGCAUGUACACAGCCACGGAGAAUAGCCUGUGUUUCUCUGUCCAAACGUGUAGGAUUUGAAACCCUCAAUGAAUAUGGCUCUGAAGUGGCAUUUCAGGUGAGAUUUGAGAAAACUAAAACGAGCAAUACAAAGAUACUCUUCUUGACUGAAGGUCUGUUGUUACGUCAGAUGACCACAGAUCCACAUCUGUCCAUGUACAAUGUUAUUGUUAUUGACGAAGUUCAUGAACGCCACAUUCACACCGACUUCCUGCUUGGUGUGCUGAAAUGUCUUGUACAUCACCGUGACGAUGUCAAAGUCAUACUGAUGUCAGCCACAAUAAAUAUAGAUCUAUUCAGCAAUUACUUUGAAGAUGCUCCUGUACUGAAGGUACCAGGACGUCUUUAUCCUAUAGAGAUGGAGUUUUGUCCAGUUCAGCGUGACAGCGACACACGUUCUGAGAGACUUGAUCCCUCGCCCUAUCUCAGGAUCAUGCAGAGAAUUGAGAAAAAGUACCCUCGUACAGAGCGCGGUGAUCUGCUUAUAUUUCUAAGUGGUUUAUCUGAGAUAAUGGCUGUGGUAGAGGCAGCACGUGCAUUAUCACAACAAACAAAGACGUGGAUCGUUCUCCCUCUACAUAGUGCCCUUUCUGUCGAGGAACAAGAAAAGGUAUUUGACAUUGCCCCUGAAGGUGUCAGGAAGUGUAUUGUGUCAACAAACAUUGCAGAGACGUCAGUAACUAUAGAUGGUGUAAGAUUUAUUGUAGAUUCUGGAAAAGUUAAGGAGAUGAGUUUUGAUCCCAAGUACAAAAUGCAGCGUCUACAAGAGUUCUGGAUCAGUAGAGCCAGUGCUGAACAGAGGAAGGGUAGAGCAGGUAGGACAGGUCCAGGUGUUUGUUUCAGAUUGUAUGAAGAGAGAGAGUAUGAAGCAUUUCAAGAAUACACUACCCCAGAGAUACAACGUGUGCCAUUAGACUCUCUUGUACUGCAGAUGAUUUCAAUGGGUUUGCCUGAUCCACGCAAAUUUCCAUUCAUUGAGGCACCAGGUGUUCAAAGUCUGGAGAAUGCAAUAAUAUUUCUGCGAGAACAAGGAGCUAUAUACCAGGAUGAGAGUCUUACACCUAUAGGCCUGAUGCUGUCUAAACUACCUGUCGAUGUUGUUAUUGGCAAAAUGCUUAUCAUGGGGUCAAUCUUUCAUAUGAUAGAUCCUGUGUUGUCCAUAGCUGCUGCAAUGAGUGUACAGUCACCUUUCACCAGCAAGAUGCAUACAGAUGUUGAUUCUAUGGCUGCCAGGAAGAGUUUAGAAUCCGAUCAUGGGGACCCAUUUACUCUACUUAAUGCUUUUGAUGAAUGGAUUCAGGUAAAAGCGGAAGGUCGAGGUACAAAGAAAUGGUGUAAAAGGCGAGGCUUGGAGGAACAGAGGUUCUAUGAAAUGACAAAACUGAAGAGGCAGUUCAAGGAAUUACUGCAGGAUCAUGGUUUACUAGAGAAAGUAGAGGAUCAGCAGCAGUAUUUAAGCAGUGCCGAGAGGCGACAAAAGCACGGUGAGAGAAAACGUCUCGGGGAGUUGAGGAGAGAACAGAGAAAAGAAUCAAAGAAGCGGAAGGUCCUCAAAAUGGAUGAUGAGGAUUAUCAGAUUAGUGAUGGCGAGGACGAGAAAGAUUCAGAUAUCAAAGACCUUGAAUUCAGACUUUCCCAUAAUCUACAACAACUACAGGAAACAUCAAAUGAAAGUCGAAGUUUCACAUUGAGGGAUAUCAACCUGUUGAAGAUCAUUUUAUGUAGCGGCCUUUAUCCACAAGCUGCUAUAGCAGACGACUGUAACACAUUCAAGGCUAAUUCUGAGCAAGCCUUCCAUACCAAGAGUAAACCAUUUGUAUUACUACAUCCAACCGGUGUAUUUUCCUACAAACCUGAAUUACUUCAUCCCAAGCAAGACUCCGAGCCUGGCAAACAUAACCCAGCAGAUCUUAAAGGGCUUCUCAGCAAUAAACAUGAACUUCUUACAUUUGUUUCUAUUCUGGAGACAAACAAGCCAUAUCUCAUCAAUACAAUGAGGGUACCAGCACUUCAGACUGUAACUCUGUUUUCUAAUAACAUAGACACAAACAGUAAUUGUACACGGCUAAUAUGUGAUGGUUGGUUAGAGAUUACAGUUCCUGACGAGGAAUCAGCAGAACAAGUCAUGUCCAGUGUGAUACAGCUGAGAGCAACCUGGCAAAACCUGCUCAAACUCAGACUGGAAGACACAUUCCUGUCAAUGGAAUCAGAAAGAAGAAUAAGUCAAAGAGCGCGGAAACUUGAGAGAAUGUUGGCGAGUAAACUGACAGAGUUCCUGAGUUCUGAUGUAAGAUAUACGCUACGUAGAGUGCUGGCAGCUGAGAUGAAAAAUGUCUACAUAAGAGCAGAUAGAUCAGGUGAAGAAAUAAAAGAUGUAUUCCACACAAGCACAGAGAGCAAACCACACCCAACUAAAGGUGGACUUAUCAUCAAUGAGUAUCUCACACAUGGAUGUCUGAUAGAUGAUGGUACAGCCAGUGCUGUUGGAGAGUUUACGAUGACCAUGCAGCGACACUGGACUUGUCCUCGAUGUGAGGUUUCCAUGGUAGUCAGUAUAGCAGAGAGACUGGAGCAUGAGGCAAUGUGUCAGGCUAGUAACAUUACAGCAACCCAGUCUGAGGAUAAAGCAGACCAGGACGAGGAACGAGAGAUGCAGAUGAAUCCUCUGAGAAAGUCGUACUAUUGUGCACAAUGUGAAAAACAGUUACAGCUCACAGUCACUGAAAUACUCAGACAUAAGAAGUCACACAUAGAUAACACUUGAUGGAUAAAGUUCUAGUUCUGCAGUUAAAUACACAUAAAGUUCUAGUUCUGCCAUUGAACACCAAGAAGAAAACACUUGCUGGAUAAAGUGUAGUUCUGCUAUAGAGCACACAUGGAUUAUACUAGGUGGAUAAAGUUCUUGUUCAGCUAUAGAACACACAUGGAUUAUACUUGGUGGAUAAAGUUUAUGUUCUGCUAUAGAACACACAUAGAUUAUACUUAGUGGAUAAAGUUCUUGCUCUGCUAUAAAACAUGUAUUACACUUGAUGGAUACAGACAUAAAUAACACUUAGUGGAUAAAGACAGAUACCUUGAUGGAUAAGGACAUUGAAACAUUGAUUGAUAAACACAUAGAUACCAGGAACACUUUAUCGAUAGACAUAGAUACUGAUAACACUUGAUGGAUAAAAGCAUAUAAUAUAUAUAUACCUGUAAUAUUUGAUGGAUAAAGAUAUAGAUACCAGUAACACUUGAUGGAUAAAGACGUAGAUACCGGUAACACUUGGUGGAUAAAGACAUAGAUACCAAUAACACUUGGUGGAUAAAGAUAUAGAUACCAGUAACUCUUGAUAGAUAAAGACAUAGAUACCAGUAACACUUGGUGGAUAAAGACAUAGAUACCGGUAACACUUGGUGGAUAAAGCCAUUGUUCUGCUGUAAAACACACAUAGAUAGCAUCCAAUGGAUAAAUUAAGAACAUACACAGUGGCCCAGUGGUAACACUGUCAGACUAAGAAACCAGGGGUCUUCAGUUCAAGCCCCUACUCCUCCCGCUAAAAAUCUAAAAAUAUCUUAACAUUCAUGCAAUAAAUAGUGAAGGAAAUGUAACAGUGAAUGAGUUACUCUUGAAAGAAGAAUUUGGUUGUUAACCUUUAGCCUGCUGGCAGCAAAUGAUUCUGCCUUUGCGACCAGUGCAGACCAAGAUCAGCCCGCACAUCCGUGCAGUCUGAUCUUGGUCUGCACUGUUCGCUAUUCAGUCAAUAAAUUUUCAUUGAACACCCCUUCAAAUAAUAAAUAGUACUGCCCAAAUUGAAUGAUGGACCAGUCCAUUUUAGAAAUUUAGCAUGCUAAAGGUUAAAGAAAGAAGGUAAAAAUGUGUGUAAAUCUGGAUUAGGAAAUAGAGUAAGCAUUGAAGGAUAAUCUUGUUAAUGGAACUGCUGGUAAAUUGCAU